GAAAUGUCGUCAUCCACUAAAAAUGGGGAGCUGUCACCUCCAGCUUCCUUGGAGCUCUUCGAACACUCUUAGCCACAGCCUCACCCACUGGGUGUGGCUUGACAGUGACAGACAUGGCGGGGUGAUGUGUGGCUGGACUCCCAAGAAUCGCGUCUGCUGCACCGCCAGACGCGUCAAGCUUCACCAGCAGACCCCCUCCCAGAUUUGGUCUCGUAUUCCAGUUGUCAACACCCAGUCAAACGUAGCGAGUCUCUCGUCGAAGAAGCCAACAUGUCUUACUACGACAUUGAUUCCAUUCUCACAGAUGCCGAGAAAGUCCCCUGCAAAUUCGAACUCGAUGUCGCCGACCUCGGAUACCUCGACAAUAAUCCCUCGCAUGCUCUGAAGGCAGGAACCAAUGUCAGCCUCCCUCUCUGGCUCGCCGAGAUGCUCGCCCUUGCCAAUGCGGGCACUGGCGACGAUUCCAAGGCGCCCGUCACCUUGAACCUUCCCCCCUCACUUUCGAAUCAAGUCGUACAAGCACUCAAGGCCGAUGCGCGCUCGGUGCCGGUUAGAGACCAGAGCGCCCACUUCUACGGACUCGGCACUCGCAUCCUGGAUCUCUUCGACGAGCGCGACCUUAGUGAUACCAUGCGAAAGACGUUCAUAGCGCGCGCGUCUGAGAUCGCAUUGCACGCCCGAAAAGGAGGUGAUGAUGGUGUUGGAGGCUCCGGUGAGGAGUUCCUCCGCGGUCUGGAUGAGUGGGAGCGAGGACUUUUCCGAAAAGCUCACGACGGCACAAAGGCUUCCAAGGAAUGGAUGGACAAGGUCAAGAAGCAUUGAGGAGCCAACUACGCUAUCGACUCAUAUUUUAGACGCAACGAUAGCGC